CGGGCCUGGUUAAGCGGGUCAGAUUCUUUUAAUGAAAUCUCAUUGGGCUGCGCCUUUGUUUCGUAAAAUCACGAAAAUAUGCCGAUUUUAUUAUAUUUACAGUGAAAAGGCCGAAAAUCUUUUUCAUUAUCCGCAAUGAUCGAUUAACACUGGAGAAACUUUGCAACGGUGAUUGAAAGAUGAGCGUGGCAGUGAAAGGGUUUUUUUGCAAUCCAAAUGCAAGUAAAUUUGAAACCCAUCAUCAUCUUCUUCGUCAAGUUUUAGCCAGGCAGUCAUUUCCUAUUUCUUCUUUUCCUUCAUAUCCGAUUCUAAACAACGACGACGGCAAAAACAAAACACCCAUUCUUCGAACCCGAGCUGCUGCAGAAGCUGAGGAUAGCAAUUCGACUGUUAGCGUUUCAAGCACAAGCGACGUUAAAGGGUCGGGAACGACAGCGAGAGGGAGGAGACUUCUCAAGAUACGUGAAGAGAAGAGGAAACGAGAGUUCGACAGGCUUCACAAUUAUCCAUCAUGGGCCAAGGUACUCGAAAACGCUUGCAAAGACGAUGAGGAACUACGAGCGGUUCUUGGUGAUAGCAUUGGUGACCCUGAGCAAAUGAGGAAACGAAUUGAAGAGCGUGUUAGGAAAAAGGGUAGAGAUUUUAACAAGAAAAAGACGGGCUCUUUGCUUGCUUUUAAAGUCACCUUCCGAGAUUUUAAUCCACUUGAUUCCUAUAUAUGGUUCGAGUUAUAUGGAUCACCUUCCGACCGAGAAGUCAAUCUCAUUGGCAGUGUUAUUCAGUCAUGGUAUGUCAUGGGACGCUUGGGUGCUUUUAAUUCCUCUAAUUUGCAGGUGGGAAAUGCUUCAAUGGAGUAUGAUCCCCUCUAUGAUGCAGAUAAGGGUUUUAAUGUGAUGCCAUCAUCGUUCCAUGAUAUCAGUGACGUGGAGUUUCAAGACAACUGGGGCCGUGUUUGGGUAGACCUUGGUACCUCGGAUUUCUUAUCCAUUGAUGUUCUCCUCAACUGCAUGACAGUGUUAAGUGCAGAUUAUCUAGGCAUUCAACAGAUAGUUUUCGGUGGUCGCCAGAUGGGUGAUUGGGAAGAGGGUAUGACAAACCCCGACUAUGGCUACAAGUACUUCAAAAUCUGAACCAAACAUCGAUCCAGAUUUGUCAAAAAUCUAGAAGGUUAGAUACGUCUUCGGUUGCGACUCAUGUAAACACUGAUAGACUCUAGGAUGUAGAUGUGAAAUCAUGAAUUCUGCAUUUUGUUCCCUCCAUUAUCAACCUUUUAAAGUGAUGAUUCCUAUAUGAAACUGGUACUGCUGCUAUCAAUGGAUGCUUGUAGUUCAAUAGAAA